AGUGCAUGCAGAAAGAGGAUUUAUACACAGUUAAGCUCUCUCUAUAACACUCCAAAACAAGCAAACAAGAGGAAACAGGAAGAAGCUUAAAGAAAGAUGGCUGCAGAACAGACCAAAAAGCACUCGACAUUACCAGAGGUCACGGAGGAAUUGAAGAAAAUAAUGGACACAGGUUUUCCUAUACUUGCUAUGGGCUUGGCGACCUAUUUGAAAAACAUGAUUUUAGUUGUCUGCAUGGGAAGGCUGGGUAGCUUGGAGCUGGCAGGGGGCGCACUGGCCAUUGGCUUCACCAAUAUUACUGGUUACUCCGUAUUGUCUGGCCUAGCCUUGGGGAUGGAACCACUUUCUAGCCAGGCUUUUGGAUCAAGAAACUUAACUGUAGUGUCUCUUGCCCUCCAAAGGACAAUCUUUAUGUUAUUAACUGCAUCCAUACCUAUUGCCUUUUUAUGGCUUAAUUUUGAGUCUCUCAUGCUAAAGCUACACCAAGACUCACAAAUAAUACAUAUAGCAAGUGUAUUUUGCAGAUUUGCUGUCCCAGAUCUUAUUGCUAACAGCCUUCUUCACCCUUUACGCAUCUACUUACGGUGUAAAGGGACAACAUGGCCUCUAUUGUGGUGUACUUCACUUGCAACAGUGUUGCAUUUCCCUAUCACAGUUUACCUGACUUUUACUCUCUGUCUUGGGAUCCAAGGAAUUGCAAUUUCAACUUUUGUCUCCAACUUUGUCACCUUAUUCUUCCUUUUAGGCUAUAUAUUCUUUACUUCUGACCAAAACGGAUCUCUGUCCAAACCCCUUGCAGAAAAUCUAAAACUUCUUCCUUCCACUUCUGUGGGAGAGCAAUGGAUAAUGCUUCUUCAACUUGCUAUACCUAGUUGUUUAGCAGUAUGCUUAGAGUGGUGGUGGUAUGAAUUCAUGACAGUUCUAGCCGGCUACCUUGACAGACCUGAAGUUCCGCUUGCCGCAUCUGCUAUUGUCAUACAAACCACAUCUCUCAUGUACACAUUGCCUUCAGCCCUGAGUGCUUCAGUCUCAAGCAGGGUAGGGAACGAACUUGGAGCGGGGCGGCCAGCUAAGGCCCGCUUGGCGACAGGGAUAGCCAUAGGGCUGGCUUUUUUGACUUCAGCAUUUGGAUUCUUACUGACCACCUUAGGCAGAGAAGCAUGGGGAAGAGUCUUUACAAAAGAUAGAGAAGUUCUUGAGCUAACAGCGACCGUUCUUCCCAUUAUUGGACUUUGUGAACUAGCUAAUUGUCCACAAACAACAUGUUGUGGGGUGCUUCGGGGAAGUGCUAGGCCCGGUGUUGGUGCAGGUAUUAACUUUUACUCGUUCUACUUGAUGGGAACACCAGUGGCCAUCAUUUUGGCCUUUGUUUGGAAGCUAGGAUUUUUGGGUCUUUGUUAUGGGCUUCUAGCAGCUCAAGUAGCAUGUGUAAUCUCAAUGUUAAUAGUUAUUUAUAGUACUGAUUGGGAAGAAGCAUCCUUGAAGGCAAAAGAACUAGUCGGAAGAACUAAUGAGCUCCAAUAUGAAGAUCAACUGGCAAAAUUUGAGGAGGGUAAUGGAUUUCUCAAAGGAUUUAGCUUCUGAAGGGGGAGGAAAUCUAAGGAUGCAAUGGAUGCAAAGGAAAAGGAAAGAGAUGGCACGGACAAGAAGAAGACAAAGAACGAUACAUUCUCAGUAUUUCGAGUCAUAGAAUAUGUAACAUGUAUCUUGGACUUGUGACGU